GGGGCCGCGGGCGCCCGUUCUCUGGGGUGCGCGCGGGGGUAGGGGGCAAGUGUCAACCGUCACCCUGAGGUGGUGGCGGCGGGAUGGCGACGGCCUCUGGGCCCUCGGACUUAGCUGGCACCGGAGCGCCCCCACCUGGCGGGGGAGCCCAAGCGGCGGCGGCCGAAGAGGAGGAGAGAGAGGUGGUACGGGUCCGAGUCAAGAAAUACGAGAGCUUCUUGUCACCUGAAUUCCGCUCUUUCGCCGUCGAUCCCCAGAUCACCUCGCUGGAUGUGUUACAGCACAUUCUCAUCCGAGCCUUUGACUUGAACGGAAAGAAGAACUUUGGUAUCAGCUACCUGGGCCGGGAUCGGCUGGGGCAGGAAACUUACCUCUCACUCCUGUCUGACUGGGACCUCAGCACGGCCUUUGCCAACGCCUCAAAACCUUACCUGCAGCUGCGUGUAGACAUUCGUCCCACUGAAGAUAGCCCGCUGCUGGAAGACUGGGACAUAAUCAGCCCCAAGGAUGUCAUUGGCUCCGACGUGCUGCUGGCUGAGAAACGGUCAUCAUUGACAACAGCUGCUCUGCCCAUCACACAGUCCAUCCUCUCUCAGGUCGGCCGCACCUUGUCUAAGGUCCAACAGGUGCUGAGCUGGUCCUAUGGGGAAGAUCUCAAGCCCUUCAAGCCCCCCUUGAGCGAUGCUGAGUUUCACACCUACCUGGACCACGAGGGCCAGCUCUCCCGCCCAGACGAGUUGCGCCUGCGUAUCUAUCACGGGGGUGUUGAGCCCUCCCUGAGAAAGGUGGUGUGGCGGUACCUGCUGAAUGUGUACCCAGAUGGCCUGACAGGUCGCGAGCGGAUGGACUACAUGAAACGCAAGAGCCGCGAGUAUGAACAGCUGAAGAGCGAGUGGGCACAGCGAGCAAGCCCUGAGGACCUGGAAUUCAUCCGCAGCACAGUCCUCAAGGACGUGCUGCGGACCGACCGGGCCCACCCCUACUAUGCCGGGCCUGAGGAUGGCCCGCACCUGCGGGCACUGCACGACCUGCUCACCACCUAUGCUGUUACCCACCCCCAGGUGUCCUACUGCCAGGGCAUGAGCGACCUGGCCUCGCCCAUCCUCGCCGUCAUGGACCACGAAGGCCAUGCCUUCGUCUGCUUCUGUGGCAUCAUGAAGCGCCUGGCCGCAAACUUCCAUCCCGAUGGCCGCGCCAUGGCCACCAAGUUUGCCCACCUCAAGCUGCUGCUGCGACAUGCCGACCCUGACUUCUACCAGUACCUACAAGAAGCCGGUGCUGACGACCUCUUCUUCUGUUACCGCUGGCUGCUGCUCGAGCUCAAGCGUGAGUUUGCCUUUGACGAUGCCCUCCGCAUGCUUGAGGUCACCUGGAGUUCGCUGCCCCCUGAUCCUCCUGAACACGAGGUAGAGCUCGUGGGACCACCCAUCCAAGUGGCAGACGCUGGCUUCGGUGGCCACAGGGGGCGGCCAGUGCGACAAAGGCACAUGCUGCGGCCUGCCGGUGGAGGCAGCAGCGCCUUCGAAGAUGCUGUUGAUCACUUGGCCACGAGCAGCCAGGGGCCUGGUGGCGGGGGGCGUCUCCUGCGACAAGCCAGCCUGGAUGACCUCCAGCAACUCAGGGAUAACACAGGCCCCAGGAGGGACUCACUGGUCCAGCUGCCCCACCCAGCUGCCCUCAUUAGCUCCAAGUCCCUCUCUGAGCCCCUGCUGAACUCCCCAGACCCACUGCUCUCCUCCUCUUCCCGCCCUGACUCCCCAUCCUCCUCCUCUCCGCCAUCCACCCAGGAGGCCUCUCCUGCUGGCGAUGUGGCUGCCAGAUCCCCUUUGAUGCCAGAGGUGAGCUCCCCACAAGACCCUGGGAAGUCCCUGCCACCUCCACCCCCACUGGGCCUGCCCCCACCCCAAGAGUUUGGCCGGGGAAACCCAUUCAUGCUCUUCCUCUGCCUGGCCAUCCUGCUGGAGCACCGUGACCACAUCAUGCGCAACGGGCUGGAUUACAAUGAGUUGGCCAUGCACUUUGACCGUCUGGUGCGAAAACACCACCUGGGGCGCGUCCUCCGCCGCGCCAAGGCACUCUUUGCUGAUUAUCUGCAGUCAGAGGUGUGGGAUUCAGAGGAGGGGGCUGAGGCCACAGCUCCAUCUUGAUCAGGUUCCCUCCAGCCCAGGAGCCCCACCAGUUCUUUACCGUGAGGGCCUACAUAUGAGAUCCCACUCCUUGCCUGCCAACCCUAGACCUGUCCAGGCAUGGGGCCCUCUUCCCCAGGUCUGAGAAUAGGGGGCUCUGCUUUAGCACUGCCCCACAGAGGCCACAGCCUCUUUUCUGUUUUUAUUAUUUUGUUUUUAACAACUGUACUUUGCACACAUGAA